AUGGCUGGUGGUUGGGUCAAAUCAUUGCAAUGCAAAUCCAAAGCUUUCGAAGAUGUUUACAACCCAAACACAAAAAAUAGAAUACAUAAUACAAGUUGUAAAAUGAGUGUUCAAAACAUCAAAGAUGUUGUUGUUGAAACAACAAAACACAAACCCAAACCAAAACCAAAACUCAAAAAACCGCUUCAAAAACAUCAUAGUUCAAGAUAUCCAACACCUUCUACCAAACCCGAUUUCGAAUCCACCAUGAACCGUUCACGUAGCACAAACGCAACCGCAACCGUAACCACAACAACCACCACCAACCGCCACCACCCGGUGUCAGACCCGCGUUUAUCUUCUCUCACAGAGCUUACAGAAGGUCAUCCUUCACGCAACGUGGUGGAGAUAAUCUUUCAUACAAGCUGGGGACCGAAGCCGUUUUCGGGUCGGGUUGAGAUGAUUUUCAAGGUUCAGAACGGUUCUCGAACGGUUUCCCGGUUCGAGGAGUAUCGUGAAGCGGUGAAAACCCGGUCCGGUUCGGUUAACACAGAUUCAGAUGAUAAUCAUGAGGAGAAUGCGCGGUGUGUUGCGGAUGGGAAUGAAGUGAUGAGGUUUCAUUGUUUAGGUCCCACUUCUGGCGGUGGUCCCUACGGUGGAGCUAGUGUGGGGUUGUUUCCAGGUGGGAAAGGUACGGCGAUCUGCACAUUUUCUGGCAGCAGUGGGGCGCAUGAGAGCUCUGGCUGUGGUAGGGGAAGAAGGGCUAUGUUGGUUUGUCGGGUCAUAGCGGGUCGGGUUUCGAAGCAAGUUGGGUUUAUGGACUCGUUGUUGGAUGGGCGAGUUGGGUUUGAUUCAGUGAGUGGGGAUAACGGCGAGUUAUUAGUUUUUGACUCACGUGCUGUAUUACCUUGUUUUCUUAUUAUUUAUAAAUUGUAA